AUGGCUAGAAAAGACGGCAGUGAAGUCCGUCGACGGACCAAGAAACAGAGUGGAAAGAGUAAAAAAGGGAACCAUGACGGACAAUCUGAGAAGGAGUCAAAGCCAGCUCCCACUGCCUCCAAAAGCACCACUGAGGAGGAAGAGGAGGAAGAAGAAUCCUUUUUUCAGACGCUCUCCUCUCAUUGGCUUGUCCGAUACUUCUUUCCCAUCUAUGCUGUCUACACUGGUCUCACAGCCUUGGAAACAGACAAUCUGAAAUUGAAGCCCCUGCAGCAUUGGGCGUUGCAGGAUGCCGAAUGGAUCAACUGCCAUAUUCCCAUGUUGCAGCUACGAGAAUCGGUAGGACACUCGGACGAGAGACAAGUACUGAUUGUGGGCACCAUGAGUUCGGGGACGCGACAAGUUGCUUCUAGUUUGCGAGACACCAUUGGCUUGGAAAUUGGUCACGAAUUGAGUGACAGUCAGAGUUACUAUGUGAGAGAUGGAACCGUCUCGUGGUUUUUUGGAAUUCGAUUUCUUCCCGUCGAUCCUUCGACUUCCACCCUAGGCAAGAAGAUUGUCACUCUCUGUCAAGACGCGACCUUCGAAAUGGGAUUCCAUCCUCGCAUGUACAGAGCAGGUGUCUGCUCCGAGCGAGAGCAGUGGUCCCGUUGUUGGGCCAAGGAAUGUAUGGAAAUUUCGCAAAUGGAAUGGGGGUGUGCUUGGCGUCCGGAUGGCUGCCAGUUUCAACCCUUUCGAAGAUCUCUUCAUCAGACGCGACAUCCAAUCGCGACAGUGGAGAGUUUAGUGGCCAAGUUUUGUGACACGGAAAAGCAAGAUGCGUUUAUCAAAAUGUUCCGGCUAUUGUUUGGAGACCAACAUCCAGAUUUGGAUCGAUACAGCUGCCUAGAGCUGGCGACUCAUUAUGUCAUCGAAUACAACCGGGCCAUGGCGACGGCACGAGAAAAGGGACUCAUUCAUACAACUUACAAGGUAGAGGAUACCACUCCCUGCCAAGCAGCCGAAUUGGCUGGAUUUGCCAGUGAGAAUGACCUUGUGCACAGCGACAACCAAAUGCUGGUUCAAACCAAAUGUCAAUCAUCGCAAGACAGUGCUGGACGUCAACUCAUGAAACCGAGAGAGAUUUACAAAGUAAACCAAGACCGCGUUCGUUUGAAGUUGUCGGACUUUGAGGGAGGCAGACAUGGCAGCAAAAGGUCUUCCGGCGACAUGGCUCUGGUGGAGGAGGUACAGGCUAUCGUGACACUGUUGGGAUACGAACAAGAAACACUGGUGACCAACUAA